CUGCAACUCCUGGUCUCUUCUCUCCAUGGUGAGUUGGAGUCUCUCCAUCUCUAUUUCGGAAUUGAACCUUGCUGCCCCUCUCUCUUCAAAUAACUGGUGUUCCAGUUCUUCAAGUUCUAUCUUCUUAAGAUGAACUUGAAUAUAUGAGUGAUCACUGUUGUCACCAUUACUGCUUUGUUGACUGCGGGCUGGCGAACCCCUUCCUUGGAGGGGCUUUUAAUGCCUUUUGUUGUGGCUGGCCUGGGCUCAACAGUUUGCUUUGUUGAGGUUGUGGAUGAUCCACUUAAUCUUCAUCAGAAUCCUCCUCAAGGUCUUCUUCUUCAGGGGCGUGGCUUGCCUGAGGCUGACCUGUGGGGGGAGGGCUCACCAGUUAGAAUACCCUCACCUCAGUGGGCAUGCCUACUUGGAGCUGUUGUGAGAGUGCGUAGGUGGUUGACUAUGCUGUAUCUGCCGUCAUGGACGGUCAUCUCCUCGGGGCUUGGUCCCUUGGGAGAUCUGGUUGUCCUCAGUCUCGAUGUCCAUUAUCCCGGUUCGAAGGACCAUGAAACGGAGUCUGGUGCUCUCUAAUGUGUGGAUAGGCCACUGGGAGUAAACGGAUACCGGCCUGCACUCUGGUCAAAGAGUGAUGACAGACACAGAAGCCCAGUCUAGGAGUUUAAUGAUGAAACAGAGUAUACAUGUGGUCUGUGUACAGAGGGAAACAGGAUAAAAUAAAUAUAAAAUUACUACAAUGUAAAUCCAAUAAACAAUAUUACAUUAAACAGUAAUGUCAGCAAUCUCUAUACACAAUUUACAAUAACAGAAAAUUAACACACCAUAAUUCCUCUCAAGAGAAUUAACAUUACAGUUACACCAACUGUGUCAGAGCGACGUGUAUGCGGUAGGCGAAGUCAAGAGCAGGACACCGAGCUACUGGCACGUACUUUACUGAACACAGUGAAUACAAAGUACAAAAACCAACCUCCUUGCACACAUUAGCAACUGCCGAUAAGACGAAAAACAAUCACACACAAUACACAAUGAGAGACAGAGGGUUAUAAAGGGAAUACAAUACAACAUAAUUGGAUACAGGUGUAAACAAAAAAGACCAAACAAGACAAACACCGAAACAUAGAUCGGUAGCAGCUAGUACUCCGGGGACGACGAACACCGAAGCCUGCCCGAACAAGGAGGAGGAGCAGCCUCGGCUGAAUCCAUGACAGUACCCCCCCCCCUUGACGCGCGGCCCCAGCCGUGCGCCGACCCCGGCCUCGGGGACGGCCAGGAGGACGCGGAGCAGGGCGAGUCGGAUGACUCCGGUGGAAAUCCGUCAACAUUUUGGGAUCUAGGAUGUCCCUCCUAGGGACCCAGCACCGUUCCUCCGGACCGUAUCCCUCCCACUCCACGAGAUACUGCAGGCCCCCCAUCCGACGCCUUGAAUCCAAGAUGGAAUGGACUGAGUACGCCGGAGCCCCCUCGAUGUCCAGUGGGGUCGGAGGUGCCUCUCGUACUUCACUCUCCUGGAGUGGACCAGCUACUACAGGCCUGAGGAGAGACACAUGGAACGAGGGGUUAAUGCUGUAAUUAAUGGGCAGUUGUAACCUAUAACAUACCUCGUUCAAUCUCCUCAGGACUUUAAAUGGCCCCACAAACCGCCGACCCAGCUUCCGGCAGGGCAGGCGAAGGGGCAGGUUUCGGGUCGAGAGCCAGACCCGAUCUCCCGGUGCAUACACUGGAGCCUCACUGCGGUGGCGAUCGGCGCUCACCUUUUGCUGCCUGAUAGCCCGCUGCAGACGGACAUGCGCAGCGUUCCAGGUUUCUUCCGAGCGCCGAAACCACUCGUCCACCGCAGGGGCUUCGAUCUGGCUCUGAUGCCAAGGUGCCAGGACCGGCUGAUAACCUAGCACACACUGAAAAGGCAUAAGGUUAGUUGAGGAGUGGUGGAGUGAGUUUUGGGCUAUCUCUGCCCAGGGGAUAUAUCCUGACCACUCCCCCUGCCGGUCCUGGCAAUAGGACCUCAGAAACCUACCCACAUCCUGGUUCACUCUCUCCACCUGCCCAUUACUCUCUGGGUGAAAACCUGAGGUAAGGCUAAUCGAGACACCCAGACGUUCCAUAAACGCCCUCCAGACUCUAGAGGUGAACUGGGGACCCCGAUCAGACACUAUAUCCUCAGGUACCCCGUAGUGCCGGAAGACGUGUGUAAACAGGGCGUCAGCAGUUUGUAGGGCUGUAGGGAGACCUGCCAUAGGAAUGAGACGGCAGGCCUUCGAAAACCGAUCCACAACGACCAAAAUCGUCGUGUUCCCCUGGGAGGGGGGAAGGUCCGUGACAAAAUCCACCGAUAGGUGAGACCACGGCCAUUGUGGAACGGGUAGGGGUUGUAAUUUCCCUCUGGGCAGGUGUCUAGGUGCCUUACACUGGGCGCACACCGAGCAGGAGGAAACAUAAACCCUCACGUCCUUAGCUAAAGUGGGCCACCAGUACUUCCCACUAAGGCAGUGCACUGUCUGACCAAUACCAGGAUGACCAGGUGGUACUGAAUGCUGCAUUCCACUCAUCUCCCUCCCUAAUGCGCACCAGGUUGUACGCGCUCCUGAGAUCCAAUUUUGUGAAGAAUCACGCCCGUGUAAUGACUCAGAGGGAGAGGAUAGCUGUAUUUGAUUGUGAUCUGAUUGAGACCACGGAAGUCAAUACACGGGCGUAAACCCCCAUCCUUCUUUUUCACAAAAAAUAAACUCGAUGACGCAGGGGAAGUGGACGGUCGUAUGUAUCCCUGUCUCAGAGAUUCGGUGACAUAUGUCUCCAUAGCCGCCGUCUCCUCCUGAGACAGAGGAUACACAUGGCUUCGGGGAAGCGCAGCGCCUACUUGGAGGUUUAUCGCACAAUCCCCCUGUCGAUGGGGUGGUAAUUGAGUCACCUUCAUUUUACAGAAGGCGAGAGCCAAAUCGGCAUAUUCAGGUGGAAUGUGCAUGGUGGGAACUUGGUUCGGACUUUCCACCGUCGUGGCCCCUACGGAAACACCUACACACCUCCCGACACAAUGAUCAGACCAUCCCUUGAGAGCCCUCUGUUGCCAUGAAAUGUUGGGGUCAUGAGAAGUUAACCAGGGAAGCCCCAACACCACGGGAAACGCAGGAGAAUCAAUCAAAUACAAACAAAUUAUCUCCUCAUGGCCCUCCUGCGUUUUCAUCCUGAGAGGCGCUGUGACCUCCCUAAUCAAUCCUGACCCCAAAGGGCGGCUAUCUAGGGCAUGGAUAGGGAAGGGCACAUCAACUGGAACAAUAGGAAUCCCUAACUUAUAGGUGAACUGGCGAUCGAUAAAAUUCCCAGCUGCGCCUGAAUCUACUAGCGCCUUAUGCUGGGAAUGAGGAGAAACCUCGGGAAACACCACUUUAAUACACAUAUGCGCAACAGGGAGCUCUGGGUGAGUUGGGUGCCUACUCACCUGGAAUGACUCAUCAGUGCGCUGCCUACUGCCUCGAUUCCUAGGAGACCCUCCCCAGCACCGACCAGCAGUGUGUCCUCUGCGGCCACAGUUGGUGCAGGGGACGGCCUCUCUCCUGGUCUCUCUCCUAGUACCAGCACCUCCGAGCUCCAUAGGGGUCGGCUCGGAAGUGCUGGGGGAUGGAAUGGACGGCCCCGAAUCCGGACGUCCGCGGGUAGCCAACAUGGUAUCCAGGCGAAUCGACAUGUCCACCAGUUGGUCGAAUCUUAGGUUGGUGUCCCUGCAGGCCAAUUCCCGACGCACGUUCUCCCUCAGGCAACAUCUGUAGUGGUCGAUGAGGGUCCUGUCAUUCCAUCCCGCGUUAGCAGCCAGUGUCCGGAAGUCCAGUGCGAACUCCUGCGCGCUCCUCCUCCCCUGUCUGAGGUGGAAUAGACGCUCACCCGCCGCUUUACCCUCUGGUGGAUGAUCGAAUACUGCCCUGAAGCGGCGGGUGAACUCUGCAUAGUUGACAGUAGCGGCGUCUAUCCCCCCCCACUCGGCAUUGGCCCACUCCAGCGCCUUGCCGGACAGACAGGAGAUGAGGGCGGACACGCUCUCGUAUCCCGAGUGCACCGGGUGGAUGGUUGCCAGGUAGAGUUCCACCUGGAGCAGAAAACCCUGACACCCGGCAGCUGUGCCAUCAUAAGCCCUCGGGAGCGAGAGCCGAAUCCCACUGGACCCCGGAGGUGAAGCGAGGGGCAUAGCUGAUGGUGGUGGUAUCGUCGGAGGAGGUGUAGGCAAACCUCCUCUUUCCCAUCGCUCCAUGGUGCUCACCACCCGUUCCAUGGCGGUGCCGAGAGCCUGGAUCAUAGCCGCUUGUUGUUCUACGCGUUCUUCCAUUGAUCCAGCUGGCACCGCCGCUCCUGCUGACUCCAUGUCUUGGUGUGUAAUUCUGUCAGAGCGACGUGUAUGCGGUAGGCGAAGUCAAGAGCAGGACACCGAGCUACUGGCACGUACUUUACUGAACACAGUGAAUACAAAGUACAAAAACCAACCUCCUUGCAGAGAGGAACAAAAUAACCCGCACACAUUAGCAACUGCCGAUAAGACGAAAAACAAUCACACACAAUACACAAUGAGAGACAGAGGGUUAUAAAGGGAAUACAAUACAACAUAAUUGGAUACAGGUGUAAACAAUAAAGACCAAACAAGACAAACACCGAAACAUAGAUCGGUAGCAGCUAGUACUCCGGGGACGACGAACGCCGAAGCCUGCCCGAGCAAGGAGGAGGAGCAGCCUCGGCUGAAUCCGUGACAAACUGGUAGGCUAAUUACAUAAUUGUACAAAAUGGUAAGAGAACUGGUGAAGAAAGUUACCCCUCUACAUACAAAUGUAUUGUAUUUACAUAUAACAAUAGCAACAGGAAUAUUAUAAAACUAAAAUAAGUAUUUGUUCUGACUUACAUUUGGUCAAAAAUGCACAAAUAUCCCUGCAAAUGAAAACGGUCUGAUCUCCACGAAAGCCAACUGAACUGAGAAAUAGGUUUCCUUUUUAUACUAACAAGUGGUUGCCAUGGUGAAUAAUCCAAUAAUAAUUGGUAGGACACAUGAAAGAAAACAUCAAAUAGUUUACCGGAAUCUCUAAAUGAAAAUACUGGCAGAUCAGUAAAAUGUCCUUGUAGAUCUAAUUAAAUGUAGAGGAUUCUAAAUUAAUAUCAAAGGGGCUUUUAUACACGAAUAAAUAGGCCAACAUCAUGGACAAGAAACAUAUUGUUUUUAAUCAAAUCAAUUAUAGUAGUAGCAUGCUAUCGAAGUUGACCUCCGGUCCUCCUUCUAAUCUUCGCGCUCUCCAACUGAACAGAACAUAGGCUAUAGACUAGUUCAUGUGCAAGACUAGGCCUACUCAAAAAUUAUUUUCGGAAGAAGCCUUUGACUCUUGUAGUGUAUUAGGAUUAUGUCUUUGUUAACGUUUUUCAUGAAGAAAUUGAAUGUUGUUUAUGUUAGGUCAAGAGUAGCCGUUUGUGGGGUGACGCCCCAGGGGAGACGGGUGAUUGGACAGCAGAGGGAGCCACCCAUCUUUUUGCAUUGUUUAUAAGUAGGGGCUAGACAAAGAGAGGGCAGAGCGGCCAUUGCAAUUCGGGGGAUGCCGUUCUCCGGGUGAUCUUGACACCUGUAAGCUCAUGCUGAAAGCUUGUGAUAUGAAUAAACCUUAUGAUCAAAGUUCAGUAUGAGCGGACUCCUUUGUUUAUCAGCAAUAAUUGCCAGCAUUCACCCGAUACGACACUCUCCUCCUGAAUUGUCACCAUACACUCUAAAAAUAAAAGGUUCCUGGAGCAUCCUUUAGGAGUUAUUCAAAUUGAAACUGUGGGGGAACCUCUAUAAGUUAUUCGAAGAACCCUUUAAAAUGGUUAUUCAAUGAACCCCUUUUAAUGGAUCCUCGAAUAACCUUUUGAAGAACCUUUUGGGGUUAGUUUUUGAAUUACCCCCCCCCCCCCCCCCCCCAUUAAUAUUAUUAUUAAUAAUACGCUUAACAAUAACAACAAUAACACAAUAUUGUAGUUGUCAGUGUUUAUUAUGAUUUUAGUGGCAAAGCAGAAUAAAAAAAUUAAAAUAUGAGGUAAAUGUCACGACUUCCGCCGAGGCUGCCUCCCCUCCUUGUUCGGGCAGGCUUCGGCGUUCGUCAUCACCGGCUUACUAGCCACUGCCGCUCCAUAUAUCAUCAUUCCAUUUGUCUUGUCUUGUCUUGUCAAUUACACACACCUGGUUCUUAUCCCCUCAUUAGUCUGUGUAUAAGUGUUCCCUCUGCCCCCUUGUCCUUGUGGGUGAUUGUUUAUUGUGAGAGUAGUGUAGAUCGGUGGAGCUACUUGUACCUUGUAUUGCCGGGGUAGAUAUUUCCCCUGUGCCUGUAUAUUGUUGGAGCUACCCGUACCCUGUAUUGCCAGGGUAGAUGGUUUCCCCUGUGCCUGUUUUCUGUUGUCGCUAUCCAGCGCAAUUGUGUACGACGGAAUAAACUCUGUAUUCGGUGAUAUACCCUCCUGCGCCUGACUCCUUCUAUCACACUCAUCACAGUAAACUCCCAGCAGAGCCCCAAGUCCAAUGGGUAUAUCCUCUGGCAUGUUGAUGUUAAUGUGUUGAUGUUCUCCAUAUCCAUAGCCAGAAUGAUUUUGCAGUGCAUGGGGAUCGAGCAGGUUUCCUGUUAUAUUCAUCAGAGGUGUAGGGAGGGUGAAGUCUGUGAAUCCAAAAAAUUGUAGUUAUACAGAUGAUUAACAAAACAUGCACACAACAGUAUUCAUACCUUGGUUUUUGUGGUAAAUGUGAAUGAAAAAAAACUGUUUUAAUAAUGGUUUUCAUACACAUACCUUGUCCAUAAUGUAGAGGCCUGUGGGAUAUUCAUUGUAGCGGUAAGAGAGGAGGAUGGUAACUCUGAUCUGCAUAUCAUACCAAUACCAAUUGACAUACCUUUGUAUGCCUCCUCAUCUGUAUACCUGCAGACACUGACACAAACGUGAGCAGUUCAGUCAUCUGCACCCAAUACAGCUAGCCUUCAACAUAUUCUUAUAGCCUACAAUACAUAUUCUUACCUCUUUGUUGACUGUUAUCCAUUGAAUUGUGUCCAUUUUCUGUUUUAGAAAGAUUUGCACACAUAUGAAAAGAUGGAUAGUGUCAUCAGAAAACAAUAUCAAUUUAGAUCAUACAAGGGACAAACCUUACCUUAAAUUGAGGAGAUCUUUACAUUUUUCAGUUAAGUGCCUGCACCUGCUGUCCAUUCAAAUUAAAAUCAAAAUGUUUCAGUUGGGCAGUUAGGUUCCUGCAAGAACCCCUACCAACUUAGGAGGUUCCUUGAUGAACCCCACCUCCUAUGGGGUUCGUGGAAGAACCUUUUGGGUGCAAUUUUCAGUGCCAAGAACCCUAAGGUUCUUGGAAGAACUUUGACGAUCUUAGAAGAACCUUUGUUGAACCCCUAAUUUUUUGAGUAUAGGCAUACACAGCACAGCCAUUGGUUAGGCAGCACAAAAAAAUAGUAUUUUAUCAGCAAGAGCAGAGCAGGCCGGGGCUCAGGGGUGGAAUAGCCAUUGCAGUGUGAAAUGCAGCAUAGCUUUAUUUACACCAUCCCAGCAGCUAUCUUAGAAAUAUAACUUCUCUGUGCUUCUCCAAGCAUGCACUUCGUAAGCUGUUGAUCAUUUUAUUGAAACAACACUAAAUAGCCUAUAGGUGCACUUGAUAUUUCAUGCCCAGCAGAGAAUCCGAGAUGAGGGGCGGCAUCGGGCACACAUCGAUAUAUAGCCUAAUAAGCAACAAAUUCUAAAACACUGAGAAAUAUUGAUAUUUCAUCCAUUACAUGACCCUCCCCUGGACUGAAAUUGAAAAAGCAUGACCCUGCCUCAUUUUCCUCCCGGUACCUAUUAUGUACAUGUUGAUCCAUUCCUUACCUUAACCAUUCAGAAUGAGUGCCUUAACUUAACCCUUAACUUCAAAAUGUGAAGUUUGGAUAAAUGGAACAAGAGAGAGCAGCAGGAGCAAGAAAAACACUUCGGAAUUUGACAUUUGGAGAACGUGGAUGAAUGUCUAAUUCUGCAGUGAGACUGUGAGAGCCAGCAGCUUGGGGGCAUUCUUAAAGGCACAAUCUUUAAUUUCAAAAGCUUGACCCGACCACUUCAAUGUCAAUGAUUAUUGAAAUAAAUAACAUCUGCUCAUGCCCAAUAAAUUGUGCAACAUAAGUUGAUCAUAUUGUAAAGCAUGUAUAAGUCAACCGUGCCCAUUUAGAUAUUGAAAACACUGCGUGCAUUUUGGCAUGGGCACUGUGAGAUGGUCCCUCAAAUGGAUCCAAAGUCACUUGAGAUGAAUGAAUUGUCAACACUUUAUCUGUUUAACACCAUUCAUCCAUCCAUCCUUGAUCCAACCUUCAUUUACUAAUCUAUGAUCACUUCAUCCACCCAUCCUUCAUCCAUCCUUCCUUCCAUCCAUCCAUCCAUCCAAUAUUCUGAACAUCCAAUCCCUUAUCCAACUAAUAGGCCUAACAUCCAUUCAAUCUUCCUUCCUUAUUUCCUUAUUUCCUUCCUUCCUUCCUUCCUUCCUUCCUUCCUUCCUUCAUUCGUUCCUUCUUUCUUUCAUUUAUUUAUUAAUUAAUGUAUCCAUCCAUAAAUCCAUCUAUCUGAUUUUAUGUUUUCUUGACACAAUAAAGAUAAAUAGUAAUGGCGUCUUUUUGUAGGCACUAACUCCGCCAUGGUUUGUUGGACAAAGUCUAUGAGGAAAAUUAAUGGCGUUUUUGGAUAAACACUGAAAAUAAAGUAUGUGGUAAACACAGGCUUAGUCGAUCUUACACGUUUUUUUCUAUGAGAUGAUCUUCAUCAGCUAUCACUUUAUGUGCAUUUUGAAGAAUGUAUGUUAUUUAAAAAAGCACAUAAAGGCUUCAUAAUUCAUAAGGUAAUGUUAACUGACUGCUAUGAUAUCAUAUAACAAAACGUAUAAGAUCUCCUAAACCUGUGUUAACUUCAGACCUUAUUUUCGGCGUUUAUUCCAAAACCCUAUUCUUUCCCUAUUAGUUUUUCCCAUAGGGCUGGCUGAAUGAACUAGAUCUAACUCAUUUCCGGGUUUUAGGACUACACGCUGGCGAGCUCUAUUGCAUUUCAAAAACACAGUUUUCCCCUUUCGGACAAAUUCCACUGAACCCGCGCCUUGUAUCGCAUUGAAAGCUUGCUUUCGUCACUUCUGUCGCAGUGAGUUUCCGUGUUUAUGCCGCGUUCAAAACAACUGGGAACUCGGAAAAAUACAAGGUCAAAUCAUGACGUCAGUGAUCUUCAGGUCGGAAUGUCGGAGCUCUAGAAAGAGGCCCGAGUUUCCAAGUUGGAAUUCCGAGUUGGAUGACCGUUGAAAUCGAUUUUUCCCAGUCGGAGCUCGUUUUUGUUUUCGAGAUCCUAGUUGUUUUGAACCCACAGAUGUCGGAAGUAGACAUAUCCGAGUUCCCAGUGGUUUGAACGCAGCAUUAGCUACAACAACAUCUCACAUAUGCAGUGGUUGGUGUGCAGUGAUGGCUUUUAUAAAGAGGAAAGAACGAUCGAAAGAAAGGUUCGUAGUUGGAAAACAUUAUAGGCUUCCUAUGGGGUUGUGUGGGAAGUGAUUUUUGCAAUCUAAUGUUGUCCUCGUCCACUUGGAAAUUGCCAGGGCGCGUGCUGUCUACUCUGACCGAGCACAGAGGUCUGACUUCGGGCAAGGAAAUGCAAUUGAGAUCCUGGGAUUUCCGUGUUAGUAGGCCAGUCUGUCUUAUGACUAGACGGUAGAUGCUGUUUAUUUUGACUGUCUGGUCGUGAAGAGAAUUGAUGCAUUGUUACACGCCUACUAGAGUAGAUGAGAUGCUACAACGUAUAAAUUUUUCCAGGACAUUAGAAUUCAGUUUAAGGUACAGUCUGCGAUAAUUAGGCUACAUUUGUUGCAUUCAUUGUUUAUCUAUUGAUUCUUGAAGAAUACAACUGAUAAAUGCUUCAUGACCUUAGUACAACUAUCCUCCCUCGUCAUAACCCCAAAUAAGGUUGUGUAUAGGCCUAUUCCAUUAUAUAUUUUUGCUAUGAAAUCUAACCUUUCAGAUUCAAAAUAUGUUUAAAACUGUUAUUUUGAUCUCAUGCACUGUCAGUCCUUGCAUCUAUAGCCCCAUCUAUGAAUUUGAGAGUGGUUUACAUUUCUCCAGCACCAUCCCUUAUAGCAUGCCAGUGGCAUUUCCCAAAUGGCAAAUCAAUUGGAACUUAAUGUUAUUAUGCUACUUUGUCAUUAGAUGACAAAUGUAGUUGAGGUUAUUCUAGGUCAUUCUUUUGAAGUCAUGACCUCAAACAUUAGGUAGUUCUGUGUGAAAAUUGAACAAAAAUGUCUGAAUUGAAGGCGCUCUUCACCGCCAUUGUUUUUUCGGUGUCUUUCCCCUAGAUUUUCUCUCCUGUUGCUGGACCUGGAAGAGUAUUACUUUGAACAGCACACAGUGUACCAUGUGACAACCAGUUCAGCCAAGAAAAGGUAAUGUCUGAAAUUGACUGACUGACUGACAGGUCCACCCAAUUCUAUCCCCUUUCUAAGUCAUGGUGGAUAGCAGCGCUGUAGUUGCAGCACUGACACUCUUUUCUCUUUGCAGAAAGAUCAGAGGGUCACUCAAAGUAUGCUCCAAAUCCAUCAUAUUUGAACCUGAGGACCAUGUGGAGCCCAUUUUAAAGGUGUGUUUUUGUGCUUUGUAGUCUACACACAGUAGUACAGCACCACUCACCAAGGAGGAUUUACUCAAAUGGAGCUCGGAGAACUGAUCUAGGAUCAGUUUGGCCUUUAAAAUCAUAAUGAAUGGAUGGACAGGAGGACCUGAUCCUAGAUCAGACUGUUCCUUUAUAAAUAGGGCUCUGAUUAACUUCUGUGUUAUUUUUCACAUUGUGUACAUAGGUUUGUUAUUCAUACUGAUUUUAACCUCUGCCAGAUUCCUCUCAGAGAUUGCAAAAAGAUUGAAGCGGUUGAGGAAAAGGACCAGAAUCCUUUCAAUGAGUGAGUCUCAUUUUUGCAAUUGAACUGGGUUUAUGCACAAAUACAUAAACCAAUAAGAUGAAAACUUAAUUGAUUUGAAUGUUAAAAUUUUUUAUAGGAGCAAACCAGCUGGCCUCACCAUUUUAUGCAAACAGGUGUGUUUAAUUAAAGUGUUUACAUUUUAAUUAAGGAACAUUUACCAACAUUUUAUCUUACAAAGUUGCUGACAUUAUUCUGUAUAAAUAUGUUUAGUACAACUAAUCUAAUGCACAUUUUAACUUCAGGUUUACCUUAUCAAAGAGAACAAUGUCGUUGCACCUUACAUAGUUGAAAGGGUGAGUACAUUAAAUGUCAAUUAGAUUUGUAAUGCAGGUUGUCCAUAUGUCAGAUUAUAAACACAACAUGAUUUAUAAUCAGCAGCCGUAGGAACAUUUAUAAUUUCGCACAUUGUAUGACUUUUCAAACCAUUCUAAUAGGGAGACAGUACCUUUCUCUUCCAUCUGGAAGUUUCCAGUAAAACGGAGGAUGUUGUCCAAACAUUACUUCAGGUAUGUAACAGUACCAUAGCCGGAUUAUUAGAACUGUGAAAGUGCUUGCCUUCCAUGUGGUAAUGCAGCUUUUGUUUGUUCUCAUUUAUUGUUUUCAUCAACUUCUCCAGCUGCAUAGGGCAUCUUGUCUGGACAAGCUUGGAGAUCAGACUGCAAUGGUAAGUCAUAUCUGUACAAAACUGCAACACUAGAAGUACCAAAACAUUGUGAAAACAGAUGGUUUUAACGUGCAAUUGAGAGAGAAUAUUGUUUGUCUACAUACAGUUCAUCAAACUGGAUUGAACUGUUGAAUAAGAUGUUGUUUCAAACCCAUUUAGCUUCCCUGUUUGCCACAGCAUUGUUGUAUACAGUACAUGUAAGCAGUUGAAUUUUGUGCUUCUAGAUUGCUGCUAAUUUACAAUCCAGAUUGGCAAGAACUUCAUUUGACAAGAACAGGUAUGUACUUAAAUAAUGUGAGAAUAAGUUCUUAGUCACAACCUUGGUGUGAUAAUGAAAUACUUCAAUAAUGCACUGAUUGUCUAAUUCCUCUCCAGCUAGCUACAAUAUAUAUCACAAUGUAUGGAUUCUUAGAUUCAAAUGCAUAUAAUACAAUAUUUUUGGGUUGUUCUUAGCUUUCAGAAUGUUGCAGAAAUACCACACAUGGAAUGCGAGGCGGAGAUGGUCACUCCAUUGGUUACAAACCCUGGUCACGUGUGUAUAACUGACCAAAGCCUCUACUUCCAACCACUCAAUGGCUAUCCUGUGAGUUAUCCAUACAUUUACAUUUACAUUUUAGUCAUUUAGCAGACGCUCUUAUCCAGAGCGACUUACAGUUAGUGAGUGCUAUGCCAGUUUGCUAUUAUUAAUUGCGAUUACUCUAAAAUGGAAAAUACCACCCUUGUUGGGAUUUUGUGAAGAUACAAUAUGAUGUCUGUCUCCUCUUCCACAAUGUUCAUUUCAGGAACAGGUAGUCCGAAUUGAGCUCCAUCGAGUUAAACAAAUCUACAAGAGAAGGCAUGGACUCAGGCCAUUGGUGAGUGUGAUGCUCAGGAUUAAUUUCUCAUUCUGUUUAUUAUCUAGUGACCUGAAGAGUAGUGUUUGUAUUCGUGCCAAGUCAUUACUCUUAAAUAUUUGCAUCAUGUUGACCUAACUAGUCAGACUAUGCCGCUUUUUCAUACCCCAACCAAGUUCAGUUCCAUAAAUGUAGACCCCUGAGGAUGCUCCCUCCCCGACUAUAAUGUGUUUUACUCUCCCUCCCAAACUAACUGACUCGCUCUGUCUUGAUCAGGGGCUAGAGGUGUUCUGUACUGAAAACGACUUCUGCUCGGACAUCUAUCUGAAGUUUUACAAUACCACCGACAGAAAUGACCUCUACUACUACAUCGCCACGUUUCUGGGUCAGUAACACACAGCGAGUUACAUAGCAAACAUACAAACACAUUUUGCAGGAGUACCUCACAUCAGCUCUUUCUCUCUGGGUUGAUCCUGGUGAGACCAUACAUUGAGAAUGCGCACAGAGUAGUGCACAUCCCCCUAUGGGCCCUGGUCAAAAGCACUGCACUUAGGGAAUAAGGUGCCAUUUGGGAUGCAUCUGUAAUGAUAUAUAACUAUACCAGAUUCCUGAUUGGUCUCUCUCCCUCUCACAGAGAACCACAUGGUGGAACACACAGCGGAGAGUUACAUGCUGCAGUGGCAGCGGGGUCACCUCAGUAACUACCAGUACCUGCUGCACCUCAACAACCUGGCUGACCGCAGCAGCAACGAUCUGUCUCAGUACCCCGUCUUCCCCUGGAUCAUCGCUGACUACAGCAGCACAGAGCUGGGUGAGUGGGGCGCAAGGUCUAGUUUUGGGUAACACCUUUUGACAGACAGAAACUUGACGGACUGUGGUACAUUGGGGUCAUGACUCAUGUAGCACUGGAGCUUCGGGCUCAAUUAUUUUGAGCCAGUGUUGAAUAUUAGCAUAUUUGGAUGUUGUCCAUCUUUCCUAUUCAUUUGGAAUUGCUCUAUACCUGUGUAGUAACGGUAGUAACACUGUAAUUAUUAUAGUAACACCAUUGUAUUAGCAUGUGGUUCCAUAGUUAUUAGGUAAUUGUUUUGUAAUGGAUCCUUUUGAUUCUGUCUCAGAUAUGAUGAACCCUGCAACUUUCCGUGACCUGAGCAAGCCUGUGGGAGCGCUGAAUAAAGAGAGACUAGAGAGAUUGUUGGUGAGACUACCUUUUAUCCCAGGCUCAAUGACCCCUGCAUUAUUUCCCCCUUUGUGUCAGGACUGAUGUGCCACAGUUUAGAAAAUAAUAUUACAUCAUUUAUAUUUGUAAAACCUAGGGAUGUUAAUCAGUUAGCCCCCGAAAAGACAUUUGACCGGUCAUGCUUAUCGGUCUAUAGGUUAAUUAGCAUACUUUUGUGGAAUUAAAUUUGCGCGUGUGUAUUUUCGUUAGUCAUUAUGUAUCUUAUUUAUCACAGGCGCACAGCAUACAAAGCCUAGCUUGAGGAGCGGAAUAGCCUAUCACCUGUCAGACAGCGCCAGAGUAGCUCCUCAAAAAGCCUGUAGGCUACUGGAGUGAAACCUGCUUUUGCAAGCCCAGUCAUUGCGCAACAAAUAACAAUUUUAAAUGCAAUCGCAUGUUAAACUAUUUUGAUGGCCACAAUUUAAAAAGAGCUAAUUAAAGCGCGCCUCCCAUUCGCCAUUCGACUGCAUAGGCUGUAGUCAACGGUAGGCAGGCUAUCAGCGCGUCACCUACAACUUUACAAUGUGAGGCAGUAUAAUUGUUUGAAACCUGAACAUUUUACUUUACUUCGAAUGAGGCAUGUCUUACCUUGCUUCAAAGUAGCCUUGCAAAAAUCCAUCCAUAGAAACGUGGAGGCAAUUAUUUUAUAAAGCCUUCAUGACUUCAGACUAUUGGUUUUCAUAUCAACUUUCUUUCGUUAUCCAGAAGCCGAAGGCACAAUCCUAGUCAUAUUAGCAACCCCCAUCCUAGUUGUUGCUAGUAGAUUCAACCUCUUUCUGUGUUUCUAAUGGAUAUUUUCAUCUCUGUCACAUAUGGAACCACUCGCAUUAGGUGUGCAGUUUAGAAAUUUUUUUCCCCCCAAAUUGCAUUUUGGCAAAUUAUUGAAAAUGACGUUUAAUUAGCUGUUUUAUUACAGCAGUUGCAUGUUCAAUAAUAGGUUAUAGCCUUUUGACUGUAAGACGUAAGGCUUGCUAUUGUUGCAUGUUUUCAUUAAGCUCGUAAUGAAAAAUGUCAGUUUCUUGUAUGCAUGCAUAGUAUUUUCUGUUGGUCACAUAAUUUUACUGUUUGGAAAAAAUUUAACCGUUUGUUGACCGGUUAAUAAAGUUUGGUUAGUCGGCAGCAAAAUGUACUGAAAUUUGCAUCCCUAGAAAAACCACAAUAAAAUGUUCUAACUAGGGUGGAUCUCUCUCUUCCUUACAGUCCCGGUACAGAGACAUGCCUGAUCCUCGUUUCAUGUACGGCAGUCAUUACUCCUCUCCAGGCUAUGUGCUUUUCUACUUAGUCAGAGUUGGUAUGUCGACGCCUUCUGAUAUUGUUUGACAUAUAGUACGAGAUUUUGACUGUGUGGUUAUUGCAAAAGUAAGCCUUUUACAUUAUUUCAUGUGUUGUCUGAGAAGGCUUACAUGACAUUACUGAGAAGGCUUACAUGACAUAUACUCCUGAGUGGCGCAGUGGUCUAAGGCACUGCAUCGCAGUGCUAACUGUGCCACUAGAGAUCCUGGUUCGAAUCCAGGCUCUGUCGCAGCCGGCCGCGACAGGGAGACUCAUGGGCGGCGCACAAUUGGCCCAGCGUCGUCCAGGGUAGGGGAGGGAAUGGCCGGCAGGGAUAUAGCUCAGUUGAUAGAGCAUGGCGUUUGCAACGCCAGGGUUGUGGGUACGAUUCCCACGGGGGGCCAGUAUAAAAAAAAAAAAUGUAUUCACUAACUGUAAGUCGCUCUGGAUAAGAGCGUCUGCUAAAUGACUAAAAUGUAAAUGUAAAUGUAUAUAUUUUUUUUACCAUCUUCUCCCUUGUAGCCCCAGAACACAUGCUGUGUCUUCAAAAUGGCCGCUAUGACAAUGCAGACCGCAUGUUCAAUAGGUUAGUUGUUUUUGUUGCUUGUUUAAGCUAUAAAUGUUUUUUGCAUUGGAUGCGUCUCAGUCCACCACAUCCGCUGAUGUCGCACUUCCGCAUCUGCGGUGAAAGGUGACAGAGCUAGAGCGGUGUUUGUCAGACCAUGAGACAUUCCGAAAAUCGGUCUUCUCGCAAAAUUGUCAGUUUGGCCUACUCUAUUGAAAGAUGAGACUCACGAACACGAUGGUGUUCUCUGUUUUGCUCUACGAAAACGUCUUGGGACUUGUCUGAAGUAGGUACAGCCAAUCUGCCAACUGUCUGUAGCAUCCGAACCGUUUGGGCUACACAUAAAUAUGACCCCUCUGUGGAAAGGUGAGACUGUUUUGCUCCAGGAUGCCCACAGGCCUCACAAGACUCGUCUGAAGGUCACCUGGUACCGGUUGAAAACAUUUAUGGAAGUAUACAGUGCAUUCGGAAAGUAUUCAGACCCCUUCCCCUUUUCCACAUUUUGUUACAUUACAGCCUUAUUCUGAAAUUGAUUAAAGAAAUGUUUCCCUCAUCAAUCUACACACAAUACCCCAUAAUGACAAAGCGAAAAACAGGUUUUUAGAAAUUUUUGCAAAUGUAUUAAAAAUAAUAAACAGAUGCCUUAUUUACAUAAGUAUUCAGAGCCUUUUCUAUGAGAUUCGAAAUUAAGCUCAGGUGCAUCCUGUUUCCAUUCAUCAUUCUUAAGAUGGUUCUACAACUUGGAGUCUACCUGUGGUAAAUUAAAUUGGUUGGAUAUGGUUUGGAAAGGCACUCACCUGUCUAUAUAAGGUCCCACAGUUGACAGUGCAUGUCAGAGCAAAAACCAAGUCAUGAGAUUGAAAAAAAUUGUCCAUAGAGCUCCAAGACAGGAUUGUGUCGAGGCACAGAUCUGGGGAAGGGUACCAAAAAAUGUCAGCAGCAUUGAAGGUCCCCAAGAACAGAGUUGUAUCGAUCAUUUUUAAAUGGAAGAAGUUUGGAACCACCAAGACUCUUCCUAGAGCUGGCCUCCUGGCCAAACGGAGCUAUCGGGAGAAGGGCCUUGGUCAAGGAGGUGACAAAGAACCCGGUGGUCACUCUGACAGAGCUCCAGAGUUCCUCUGUGGAGAUGAGAGAACCUUCCAGAAGGACAACCAUCUCUGCAGUACUCCACCAAUCAGGCAUUUAUGGUAGAGUGGCCUGACGGAAGCCACUCCUCAGUAAAAGGCACAUGACAGCCCGCUUGGAGUUUGCCAAAAGGCACCUAAAGGACUCUCAGUCCAUGAGAAACAAGAUUCUCUGGUCUGAUGAAACCAAGAUUCUUUGGCCUGAAUGCCAAGCGUCACAUAUGGAGGAAACCUGGCACCAUCCGUACGGUGAAGCAUGGUGGUGGCAGCAUCAUGCUGUGGGGAUGUUUUUCAGCGGCAGGGACUGAGAGACUAGUCAGGAUUGAGAGAAAGAUGAACGGAGCAAAUUACAGAGAGAUCUUUGAUGAAAACCUGCUCCAGAGCGCUCAGGACCUCAGACUAGGGUGAAGGUUCACCUUCCAACAGGACAACGACCCUAAGAACACAGCCAAGACAACGCAGGAGUUGCUUCUGGACAAGUCUCAAUGUCCUUGAGUGGCCCAGCCAGAGCCCAGACUUGAACCCGAUCGGACAUCUGUGGAGAGACCUGAAAAUAACGACGCUCUCCAUCCAACCUGACAGAGCUUGAGAGGAUUUGCAGAGAAGAAUGGGAGAAACUCUCCAAAUACAGGUGUGCCAAGCUUGUAGCGUCAUACCCAAGAAGACUUGAGGCUGUAAUCGCUGCCAAAGGUGCUUCAACAAAGUACUGAGUAAAGGGUCUGAAUACGCAUGCAAAUGUUAUAUAUCAGUUUUCUAUUUCUAAUACAUUAGCAAAUAAAUCUAAAAACCUGUUUUUGCUUUGUCAUUAAUGUGUGUAGCUUGAUGAGGGGAAAAAACAAUUUAGAAUAAGGCUGUAACGUAACAAGAUGUGGAAAAGGUCAAGAGGUCUGAAUACUUUCUGAAUGCACUGUAUAUGGAGACUGUUUAGUGCCAAAAAUAAGGGGUUAGAUACAUGUUACAAUUGUUUUUUCUUAUAUCUCUCAGAUAUAGGACAGACACUUCAGAACAAACUUCCUUUAGAUUUGUUUUGGGGGAUUAUCUGUUCCAUGUAGUCAAGCUGUUAUUCAAUGUGUUUGUAUGGGCUAAUACACUAUAUAUACAAAAAUCUUAACGCUACAGCAUACAGUGACAUUCUAGAAAAUUCUGAGCUUCCAACUUUGUAGCAACAGUUUGGGGAAGGCCCUUUCCUGUUUCAGCAUGACAAUGCCCCCGUACACAAAGCAAGGUCCAUACAGAAAUGGUUUGUCGAUCGGUGUGGAAGAACUUGACUGGCCUGCACAGAGCCCUGACCUCAACCCCUUCAAACUCCUUUGGGAUGAAUUGGAACGCUGACUGCGAGCCAGGCCUAAUUGCCCAACAUCAGUACCCGACCUCACUAAUGCUCCCCGCAGCAAUGUUCCAAAAUCUAGUGGAAAGCCUUCCCAGAAGAGUGGAGGCUGUUAUAGCAGCAAAGGGGGGACCAACUCCAUAUUAAUGCCCAUGAUUUUUGGAAUGAGAUGUUCGUGUAGCAGUAAGGCCAAAUACAUAUUUAAUUUUUUUUACAUUUUUUUUUUGAUACUUCAAGGGGUCUGAAAAUGUAAAAUCAAAUAGCAAAAUGAUCCUUGGUAUGACCUUAAAACAAUUCCAUAUAGCUUAGUAGUACCCUCCCACAGCUUAGACAGUGCUUAGACUCUUAUGGAUUUGACAAAGAUUCAAAUUCAAAUUCAAAUCCCCAUUCCAGACUCAAAGCAAUAACUAUUAGUAAAAUGUACUAAUUAGUUUGUAAAACAUACUAACACAGGGGGGUAAAGGUCCUAGACUAUUUAUCAACCUUGGUAUUACAUGUGGAUUCGAUGGUAGUGGCAUGUUGUAGUUAAUGUAACAGUGUCAGAUUUUUGUUCGAGUUAGUAACAUGGUAAUUCAGAGCUGACUUUCAAACAUGUAAAUUCAAAACGUUAGCUACAUUGUGGAACAAGAAAAGGUGUAAUGACAUCAGUAAUUACACUUGUGGAAUAACCUUCAAGUAGAUGUGUAAUUACACAUUUCUUGUUCCAAUUGUGUAACUACUAUGUUGUUACUGUGUAGUUACAUAGUAAUAGGGGUAACUUAAAGAUGCACUAUGCAGAAAUCGCUCUGCCAUUUCCUGGUUGCCAAAAUUCUAAUAGUUCGCUUAUUUUCAGUUUAUGUGACAAAACAAGCAAGUAUAGUGUGGAGAAUCAUUGUACAAUCUAAACCGCUGUGAAAUAUAUUUUCCAUAACCAAAAAUAUUGUAUUUUCAGCUGUUUGAAGCUGGUGUACAAAACCGAACGGAAAAGACGCAAAAAAGAAACUUAAGAAUGUGAAGCAUAGAAAUAGCUCAUAUAGAACUGAUCUACCACUUCUUAGACUUUCUUUCAAUGAGAAUGACAGAUCUAUAACAAACUUUUCUAAUUUAAUUUGGUUGGGGUCUCACAAAAAGUUACAUAUUGCAGCUUUAAUGUAAAGUGUUAGCCAAUUAUGUUUACAAUCUUUGUCUGAAUCACCCAUGCCAACAUGGAUUUAUUAAUGUGUUUGCAGCAUUGGAGAAACAUGGAAAAAUUGCUUAGAGGGUGCAACUGACUUCAAAGAGGUAAAAAGUACCUUGAAUGAAAAAUAUUUUAUAAUGAUCAGAAUUGUAUAAUACCAAAUGUCCCUUUGCACAUUAUUUCUGUGUCUCAUGUGGACGUUUCCUUGUCAACCAUCUGUUUCAGUUGAUCCCAGACUUCUAUGGGAAUGACGCCAGCUUUCUGCUAAACUGCCUGAGUCUGGAUUUGGGGAAGAGGCAAGGUGGAAGCUCGGUUCAAGAUGUAGUUCUUCCGCCAUGGGCUGCAGGUAACAACUACAACAUGGAAACAAUUUGUUUGUGUGUUAUAUUUUGGUGAUAUUAUUUUGGUUGUGUGUGUUUGUGUUCAUUAUUUUCCUGUAUGUAUGAUGUAGACGCCAGUGAUUUUCUUCAGAAGAACCAGAAAGCGCUGGAGAGUCAGUACGUGUCAGAACACCUGCACGAGUGGAUCGACCUAGUGUUUGGCUUCAAGCAAAAAGGAAGUGAUGCCGUGGCAGCCCACAAUGGUACGAGACACCUAGAUUGCAUCAGAGACUGAGUAUCCAUUUGCCUGAUGAUGAAACGUUUUUAAUGAAUACCGAUGUGAUGUAAUGAUGUUGAUUCUCCUGGUUUUAUUGGCAGUGUUCCAUCCAUUGACAUAUGAGGGAGGCAUCGACUGUGAUAGGUAAUGAAACCAUUCAGUGUUAACCAUUCAGUGUUAUCCACCUCUCCAUAUUUCGUACAUAUCCAGUAAACUGAUUAAAUGAUUUAUGAAAUACUGUCUCCUUCUCUGUUCUCUCCCUCUGAACAGUAUAGAGGACCCCAAUGAGAAGAUUGCCAUGUUGAUUCAGAUCCUGGAGUUUGGGCAAACCCCGACGCAACUGUUCACCACCCCACACCCACAGAGGAUAACACCCAGAUUCCAGAGCAUAUCGAGGACACCCAGUGUAAACACACCCCUCAACGAGCUCUCUCCAGGUAACACCCUCACUGACAGACAAACACAGGGAACGAAGGAACUCACUUGCACUCACAGACAGACACAGUUAAUCUAAUGCUGACAUUGCAAAGCUUUUUCCAGUCAGACUCAACAUGUUUGCUUUUGCGAUAUAAUCACAAAUGCCAGUUGUUGAAGUUUGGAGGUGUAGUGUUAAUUUACCCAUUGUUCUUUUUUAGCCUCCACCAGUGAGGACUCCUCCUUUGAAGACCUAACCGAAGAGAGUAGGAGACUGGCUUGGAACAACAUAGCUAAACUCAAGUUGAUGUCCAGCCACAAAAUCCAUAAAGAGUGAGUGAGAAUUUAAACUAUGUAAUUUUUCUGUCCACCCCUAAAAUGUAUCCACCCUGUUAUUGGACUGUGACUUUUCAACUUGAUCAUCUCUGACUGAAUACACUCUCUGUAAAAACACAGGGCUGUGACAGGCAUCGCAGUGACUCGGACUGCAUCAUCUGUCUUCACAACAUCACAAGGUCUGGAAAUCAGCUUGUAAAGUAAACUUUGGUUAUGUUUUAGAAUAUGAUGAAUUAAAAUAUUGCUGAGCCUUUCCAUGUGAACGUUAAUGUGCAAUUAAUAUGAGUAUAAUUUGCUAUUGAAGUCUGAUAAGGACUAAAAGUACUCUCCUCCACAGACUCAACACUGAAGAUGUUCUCCAGAGAGUCUAAUGGAUUGCAGAGAAGCAUGUCCUUCUCCAACAUGGUACUGAGCAGAAUGUGAUCCCCUCUCGCCCCCUUUAUUGUGAAACCAUUUCCAUUAUUAUGAGAUGAAAGUAUUACAUUUUAGUCAUUUAGCAGAUGCUCUUAUCCAGAGCGACUUACAGUUAGUGAGUGCAUACAUUUUUCAUACCUUUUUUCCUGCAGGCAUUAUCAUCGUGCUUGAUGCUACCAGAGGAUAAGGCCGUAGUCUGCUCCUCGUGGGACAAUAAUGUGUGAGCGUUUUCAGUUCAUCACUUGACCAUUAUCUCACCAUUAUUCAUCACAACAUGACCUAUUCCAGUCAUCACAACAAUACCUAUUCCACACUUUUUUUUUUUUUUACAGUGUUUAAAAUCUGAACACUUUUCUGUAACCCUUUUAAAUACGUCAAGUCAUUUAGAAUUUCAAUGAAAAUGCGUCACAGUGUUUCGAUUGUAAACACCAGAAUAUGUUUAUUCGCUGUAACACUUUCUAAACACAUGAACACAUUUAUUCAGCACAAGGAGUUAAGGUUUGAACACUGGGUGUAUUGUUUUAACACUGUAGGGUGUAAAGCUGUAUUUGAAUAUUUCCCAGCAUGCCUUUCGCGUGAAUGUAAGAGAUACCCACCCAUGACUGUGUUUGUUAGUGACAGUGACCUAUUUGUUCCAUUCAAUAACUUAAGCUGUCACAAAGUGACUGCUUAAGUGAAUGUGUUUCAAUUAAAAGUACACUGUUUAUAACCACAUAUGAUACGUUUCAUAAGGCCUUUAGGUAUGGCCUAGUUAUCUUCGGCAUUGUGGUCUGAAAAUCCUGGCCAAUGGGCCACAUCAGACCUGCAAGUCAUAAUACACUGAUUUGUGAAGUGAUUAGCAAUUCCUAUCGGAAUCCAGCCAUAGGGAAGAUAUCCAAUAAUUUGAAUAUGUUAUCACCCACAACCUGCACUCAGAAUAACUUGUAUGGUUAGACUACAUAAACCAUCUAAACUGGAACAACCAUCUCAGUAACGGGUGCAAUAAAUCCAACUACUAACAGAUUGGAUUAGUUUAGAAAAACGUAAGUUAUUUAUCUUUGUAUAGUAUAAGAUCAAUGAGGAAACAUAGAUGUUAAAACAAACUAUUAAAAAAACAAAGCAUGCUGGGAAAUCUGAUAGAGGCCCUUCCCACGUCUUUUUCACUCUGCGUUAACAGAAAUGAACUAUUACAUUUACAUUUUUAGUCAUUUAGCAGACGCUCUUAUCCAGAGCGACUUACAGUUAGUGAGUGCAUACAUUUUUCAAACUAUCUCACAGUCGAGUGACAACAACACUACGCGAUUGAAAAGAUUUAUUGAAUCAAAUGUCCUGUUCAGUUGUGCUGAAUUGUUGUAAAGGUGACAGACAAUUUUCCAACACUGAUCUGAAUAAAAGGCAUGGAAGUCACAUUUCUAAUGACAAAAUGCACUCUAAACAGGAAGAUGGGGAAGUAAACAAUAGUGUUUAAAAUCUGAACACUUAGGAGAUAUAGGUGUUCUCCUGGUUGGAAACUGACUGGAAAAAGCUGACUUUCAUUGUUAAUCUUGCAUUCUAAACACCUGUCUUUUAAGAUCAGAACACUUAUUGGCAAAUAUAAAUGCCUAAUAUUUAAGUUUUAAACACUGAAGUUUAGGUUAUAAACGUUUCAUGGUUUUACAGUGCAGUCCUCACAACAUGACCUAUUGCAGUCCUCACAACAUGACCUAUUGCAGUCAUCACAACAUUACCUAUUCCAGUCAUCACAACAUUACCUAUUCCAGUCAUCAUAACAGCUCUAUUUCCAUAUCCAUGACAUUUCAAAUCAAAUCAAAUCAAAUUUUAUUGGUCACAUGCGCCGAAUACAACAGGUGCAGACAUUGCAGUGAAAUGCUUACUUACAGCCCUUAACCAACAGUGCAUUUAUUUUAAACAAAAAAAGUAAGAAUAAAACAACAACAACAAAAAAGUGUUGAGAAAAAAAGAGCAGAAGUAAAAUAAAGUGACAGUAGGGAGGCUAUAUAUACAGUAAAAUAAAGUGACAGUAGGGAGGCUAUAUAUACAGGGGGGUACCGUUGCAGAGUCAAUGUGCGGGGGCACCGGCUAGUUGAGGUAGUUGAGGUAAUAUGUACAUGUGGGUAGAGUUAAAGUGACUAUGCAUAAAUACUUAACAGAGUAGCAGCAGCGUAAAAAGGAUGGGGUGGGGGGGCAGUGCAAAUAGUCCGGGUAGCCAUGAUUAGCUGUUCAGGAGUCUUAUGGCUUGGGGGUAGAAGCUGUUGAGAAGUCUUUUGGACCUAGACUUGGCACUCCGGUACCGCUUGCCGUGCGGUAGCAGAGAGAACAGUCUAUGACUAGGGUGGCUGGAGUCUUUGACAAUUUUGAGGGCCUUCCUCUGACACCGCCUGGUAUAGAGGUCCUGGAUGGCAGGGAGCUUUGCCCCAGUGAUGUACUGGGCCGUACGCACUACCCUCUGUAGUGCCUUGCGGUCAGAGGCCAAGCAGUUGCCAUACCAGGCGGUGAUGCAACCAGUCAGGAUGCUCUCGAUGGUGCAGCUGUAGAAUUUUUUGAGGAUCUGAGGACCCAUGCCAAAUCUUUUUAGUCUCCUGAGGGGGAAUAGGCUUUGUCGUGCCCUCUUCACGACUGUCUUGGUGUGUUUGGACCAUGAUAGUUCGUUGGUGAUGUGGACACCAAGGAACUUGAAGCUCUCAACCUGUUCCACUACAGCCCCGUCGAUGAGAAUGGGGGCGUGCUCAGUCCUCUUUUUUUUCCUGUAGUCCACAAUCAUCUCCUUUGUCUUGGUCACGUUGAGGGAGAGGUUGUUGUCCUGGCACCACACGGCCAGAUCUCUGACCUCCUCCCUAUAGGCUGUCUCAUCGUUGUCGGUGAUCAGGCCUACCACUGUUGUGUCGUCGGCAAACUUAAUGAUGGUGUUGGAGUCGUGCCUGGCCAUGCAGUCAUGGGUGAACAGAGAGUACAGGAGGGGACUGAGCACGCACCCCUGAGGGGCCCCCGUGUUGAGGAUCAGUGUGGCAGAUGUGUUGUUACCUACCCUUACCACCUGGGGGCGGCCCGUCAGGAAGUCCAGGAUCCAGUUGCAGAGGGAGGUGUUUAGUCCCAGGAUCCUUAGCUUAGUGAUGAGCUUAGAGGGCACUAUGGUGUUGAAUGCUGAGCUGUAGUCAAUGAAUAGCAUUCUCACGUAGGUGUUCCUCUUGUCCAGGUGGGAAAGGGCAGUGUGGAGUGCGAUAGAGAUUGCAUCAUCUGUGGAUCUGUUGGGGCGGUAUGCAAAUUGGAGUGGGUCUAGGGUUUCUGGGAUUAUGCUGUUGAUGUGAGCCAUGACCAGUCUUUCAAAGCACUUCAUGGCUACAGACGUCAGUGCUACGGGUCGGUAGUCAUUUAGGCAGGUUAUCUUAGAGUUCUUGGGCACGGGGACUAUGGUGGUCUGCUUGAAACAUGUUGGUAUUACAGACUCAGUCAGGGACAUGUUGAAAAUGUCAGUGAAGACACUUGCCAGUUGGUCAGCACAUGCUCGGAGUACACGUCCUGGUAAUCCGUCUGGCCCUGCGGCCUUGUGAAUGUUGACCUGCUUAAAAGUCUUACUCACAUCGGCUACGGAGAGCGUGAUCACAUAGUCGUCCGGAACAGCUGGUGCUCUCAUGCAUGCUUCAGUGUUGCUUGCCUCGAAGCGAGCAUAGAAGUGGUUUAGCUCGUCUGGUAGGCUUGUGUCACUGGGCAGCUCGUGGCUGUGCUUCCCUUUGUAGUCUGUAAUAGUUUUCAAGCCCUGCCACAUCCGACGAGCGUCAGAGCCAGUGUAGUAUGAUUCAAUCUUAGACCUGUAUUGACUCUUUGCCUGUUUGAUGGUUCGUCGGAGGUCAUAGCGGGAUUUCUUAUAAGCGUCCGGGUUAGAGUCCCGUUCCUUGAAAGCGGCAGCUCUACCCUUUAGCUCAGUGCGGAUGUUUCCUGUAAUCCAUGGCUUCUGGUUGGGGUAUGUACGUACGGUCACUGUGGGGACGACAUCAUCGAUGCACUUAUUGAUGAAGCCAGUGACUGAUGUGGUGUACUCCUCAAUGCUGUCUGAAGAAUCCCGGAACAUGUUCCAGUCUGUGCUAGCAAAACAGUCCUGUAGCUUAGCAUCUGCGUCAUCUGACCACUUUUUUAUUAACCGAAUCACUGGUGCUUCCUGCUUCAGUUUUUGCUUAUAAGCAGGAAUCAGGAGGAUAGAGUUAUGGUCAGAUUUGCCAAAUGGAGGGCGAGGGAGAGCUUUGUAUGCGUCUCUGUGUGUGGAGUAAAGGUGGUCUAGAGUUUUUUUCCCUCUGGUUGCACAUUUAACAUGCUGGUAGAAAUUAGGUAGAACGGAUUUAAGUUUCCCUGCAUUAAAGUCCCCGGCUACUAGGAGCGCUGCAUCUGGAUGAGCGUUUUCCUGUUGAUUAAUGGCCUUGUACAUUUCAUCACAUCCAGUGUUCUUCCUCCCCAGGUAUUUCUACUCGAUACCAUUUGGCAGGCGUCAGGACACGUUGAUGGGUCAUGAUGAUGCAAUCAGUAAGAUGUGCUGGAGGGACAACCAGCUUUACACGGCAUCCUGGGACUCUACAGUCAAGGUUAGGGACACCAUCAUAAUCUUGAUGAUGAUGAUGAACACCAUGGGUGUAAAAUGACAUGAGCCUUUUUUCAAAUGAUCUUUUAAUGGCUUAAUGCAUUUCUAAUUCGUCUGUUUGACAAUAUAAUAGGCCUGUAUGAAUGCUAAUAUUUCUAUUUCUAUUGAAGGUUUGGCAAUGUGACUCUGCCGAUAUCGCAAAUAAUAAGAGAUGCCAAUUCGAGUUGCUGGCUGAGUUUGAACACGAGGCGGGGGUAAGUGCCUGCCUAUCAUCUCACAUGAUACUAACCUGUCUUAUUGCAUGUCGGACUGAGAGUGAACAUGACAUCCUUACUUACCUCUCAGAAAUUAUUUUACUGUUUGCGAUCUGUUUGAGUCUUUCUGUCCAACAGCCUAACCCUAACCUAUGUUUUCUCCAUUUCCAGGUGAACACUAUUAACCUAAACCCAGCAGGUACUUUGCUGGUAUCAGGGACUAAGGAUGGAACCGCUACCAUUUGGGAUACCAGUAGUUCAGUACAACUCCAUCAAGUCCACUGCCACUCGGGAAAGAUCCACGAUAUGGCCUUUAGUCCUGGUACGUAUGUAAUACUAACUAGUACAUCCCUCAGUCCCAGUAUGGACUAUACAUGGGACUAAAUACUUUUUUUUGACUGGUAGUUUAAUCCUUAUCAUUGAUGCAUCCACCCACAGUUUGGGAAUAACUGUACUACAGUAAUAUGAUUAAGGUCUGCUGGUCAUUGUCAAUGGGGUUUAUAAUUACAUGGUCUGGGUCGGAUUUCUCUGACUCACUGUUACUCUAAACCUUCACUACCUCUGUAUAAUAAACACUAAACAUGACUGAGCCAACUUGUAUUUAUUUUCACAGACAGCAGACACAUCUUGAGUGUAGGAGAGGACUCGUGUCUGAAGGUAAUCGACGUCCAGACAGGCAUGAUGAUCUCGUCUGUGCAAGCUGAUGAGGAGCAGCGGUAAGACCACACCCACUCUGUCCCAGUUCCAUUUCAGUCCAUGGCAACUUCAUUUAGUCCCUGCUCACAAAGAUUUGGAAGGAACUUCCCGGGUGUAAGCAAUAUGGUGAUGUCCUCUUGAAUCCCUCUAAUGAGCUGAGUGGAGCUUCUGCCAUAUUUCUUAAACCUAUCCAGCCCUGGAUUUGUGAACUGCGGCUAGGGGCCAAAAUAGAACAGGUUACUAUGUCUGUAUCCUCAUUUGUCUCUGGCUCAUAAUGUGCAUCUACACAAAUAUAAUGACCCCUGCCUGACUGUUGCCGUGUCCCUGGGAACAGAUGUUUCUGCUGGGACGGGAACAUGGUCCUGUCGGGGGGUCAGUCCGGACACCUACAGGUCCUGGACCUGCUGAGCAGCAAAGUGACCACCAGGAUCCCUGGACAUUCAGGUACACCAAUAAUCAUCACUAAAAUGUCAAAACACAAAUGAAACAGCAAAUGAAACGGCAAUGAAUGAAUAGCAAUACAUUUCAAUUAAAUCUGGUAUCAUUCAAACGGUCCCUGUGGGCUUGUAUACAUGUGCAGAAUCAAUUAUUGUUAAUCUUUCAUUUUUAUUCGGCCCUGACCAGGUGCAGUCACAGCGAUGUGGAUGAACGAGCAGUGUAGCACGGUGAUCACAGGCGGCGAAGACAAGCAGAUCAUCUUCUGGAAACUUGACUGUUGACCACAGUGCUCGAAAGUCCCUCUGUAUGUUUAUGUACACAGGUGAAGUCCAAGAGGGACACUCACUCUGAGACAUCUUUAUACUGUCUGGCUCCAACCAAAGAGGCUAUCACCGUCGGUCAAGGUAACUAUUUAGGCUGGCUGGCCUGCUGGCUGGCUCACCCAAAGAUGGCAACGCAAAAUCAUUGCACAUAUGACUUACAAAUAAACUGGUCCAGUUAGCAGGGACAACAAUCAUACACCUGUCUGGAGUUCUCAAACAAAAUAUAAUUAUGAACAAUAUAACCAUUCUCAAUCAUGUUAGC